UAAUGGCUGCCGAACUCUAUUCACGAAACAGCUGAUGUGUGAUCGUUUGGGGUUUUUACUCACAUUUAGUGACCUAAUCGAGUAAACUUAGUAAUAAUUAUUAGAUGAAACGUUACUUGAGUCAUUACAUUGUGUGGAAUUCAGGAUGUCACUGACCAUACAACAAAUUAUUUUGGACGCUAAAAGAUUAGCUGGCCGUCUCAAAGAACGUGAGACAGAAGCAGAUACUUUAUUGACUGAAACCCAAACAGCUUACAGACAAAUCUAUACUAUAAAACAGUACAAAGAGGAAGUGGAUACGCUUAAUGAGUCAUCUCGAGAGAGACCGAGGGGGGAAUUAGUAGCAAGUAUGGAGAGAGAAUCUCGAUUAAUGAGGGAUGUUCAGAGAGAGAAUGGAGAGUUGAGAGCUGCCUUAGAAGAUCACAGGAAAGCUCUAGAACUUAUUAUGUCCAAGUACCGCCAGCAUACUGAAAAAAGAAUAUGGGAGUCGAGGAUAGACUUUACAGCAGCAAUAAAUGAAAAACAAGAGGAGUUGAUUCGUCAACAGGCAGAGAGAAUUAAUGAGAUGACAAGCAUUAUGUACAAGGCAGUAAAUAUGGAUGAAAAUGGUGAAUCUAGGAGAGAAGAGGAACUUUACCAAAGGCUGAUUACUGAAAACAAGGGCCUGCGGGAAAUGUUGAACUUGUCAAGGCGGUAUGGAUCAGAUAAGACAUAUGGACCACCCAUGGAAGACAAGGAUGUUCAGACGGACGGGCCUCCACUUUCAGGAGCGUGACGCCCAGCAGUGGAUCUUUCCCGCCUCUGAGCAUUGGUCACAGGCCACCUACUCCCUCACUCACACAUACCAUAACUCAUCUCCCUACACAUGUGAAUUGUUCUCACAGACUGCUAUCCGUGUACAUGUGUUUUUUCAUAAUACCUGGUGUGCGGACAGGGUGUACAAUAACUGAUGACGGUCAUCGUUCCAGUAUACAACUUAUACUUUAAAGUUACAUGCAGAUUUUGGAUUCUAGGUCUUUUGACAGCCUGUAUCUUUCAUAUUUCUUAUAUAAAAAAUGUAACAAAAUUACAAUGAAUAAAUAUGUAUUUGAAAUAUAAAUAUAUUGUCAUAAUACUAUUCCUUAAUUGGUUGUAUUGAUGUUGAAUAUUAUAGACAAAUACCUUAAGUAACUGUAAUGCAAAGUAGACUUACAUUAAUUCUUAUGAUGUUCUUGAAAAGUGCAAAUUCAGUAUGUGUGUUAAUUCCUUUCAUCAAACUAUAUAAAUAGGUUUAGCGCAAAUAUUCUUUUGUUUAUAAUAUUUUUUUAAGUGUUUGUAUUAUGGUCCAGGAGCUAGUGAUUAAUUACCCUUAAUCAAUAUUUAAUCAGAAUUUUUAAUUGCUAAAUGAAUCCCUGGCUCCAUGGUCCAUGUUGUCUUACACACAAGUAUAAUUAAUAAAACUGUUUUUUACUGCGAGUUAUGGCAUGGACCAAAUUGUUUAAGAUAAAAGCACAUAAUUAAAAAUAAAAUGUUAUUAUUUUAUUAGUGUUGAACGAUAUACUCAUAGAUUGAUUAAAUUUUUUUUUUAUUGAAUAUUUGUUUUCUCAUCUUCAUACAUAUUAAAAAACUGCAAAAGUAUUAUGUUUAAAUUAGAUAACUUUUGUACUUUUGACUAUUUAAAUUUCUACACAACUUUUAGUUAUGUGGUAUGUAUCAAACAAUUGCAUAGGAGAUUAUUGAGGCAAAUUAUUCAGUUUUGUCAAUAUUUCAUUUUAAUCCUCAAUAUAUCUUAUGUAUUUGAAUGGACAUAAAUUCUUGAUUACCUUAAGUUUUCUCCUACUUAACAGAUACAAUUUUGUGAAUAUCACAAACACUUUCUGGUUUUUUCUAGCCUAAGAGAAAUAAAACAGGAUUAAUACUCAAAAAUAAGUUAGGCCAUUAGUGCGAAGCUGGCUCUAACGGAUUUUAAAAUCAUUGUCUUGUUCAACAUUAACAGUAUUUGAUUCUAAUUAUAAUUAAUAGUGAGGCUGUUUUAUCGCUGAAGGCCAAAAUUCAUUGCUCGAAUAUUCUAUUAUUAGUAUAGAUGCGUUUUAAGUGUGCCUUGUCAUAUUUCUCAUCGAAUAUUUUUUUUAUUCUAAACAUUUAUUACAAAAAUGUAAAGAUGAACAUACUAUAGUUGACUAGGAGAAAUAAAAAAGAAUUAAACGCGUGUUGAAAAUUUAAAUUAUCUCGUUUUUAAUCUUAUCUGUUUCGAGAGCAUGGCUCACAGUCUAAGAAAGCUUAUAAAUCUAUAUUAUAUAUUUCGAUUUAGAUUUGCAAUGUGAGUCAUCUGUAUGGUAAAAAGCAAAAAAAAACUUAAUUUACAAUGUAUGUUAUAUUGAUAUGGCAAUAUUUUUUCAUGCGAUUAAGCUUUGGAUGUUAGAAAAUAAUGUAGUUAACGGUAGUCUUUGUAGAUUUCGUGAUUUUCGAUCACGCUAUAGCAUGCGAGCAAUAUUAUAGGGACUGGUUCAUAUAUAUAUACUUAGUAUAUUAAUUAAAGGACGUUAUAAUUACUGUUUGUAAGAAAAUUAACCGUCCUUCAAACUGGCACGCUGACCUAAUUUAAUACUUUGUUUCAUUUAAAAAUACUAAUAACGUUAAUUUUUACAGAACUCGAGCAAGAAUUUAAAGACUUGUAAUAUUUUUUUUGUAAACUAAUAGAAAAGAUUCGCGCCAUCUAUAUAGGAAUAUGCCAGAAACGUUGAUGCAAGUGCCAACGACAGUACAAACUUACAAAGUUAAAAUGAAUGAUUAAAUUCAACCGAAUACGUCAACACAGAAUGCGUACGGAAACAGGCAUUGUUUUUUUAGGCAUAGGAUAUACCGUUUAAAAAUAAUAAAGAUAAUUUGAUAACUGUUUAUGUUAUUAGUUGUUUUUAAAUAAAAAAAAAGAAAUGUUAAUUCGGAAAUUUAAUAAUAAUGAGUACAUGUUUAAGUGUGUACAUAUUCACAGAAUGUUAGCGUUUCGUACCAAAGCCAUUAUAUAUAUAACUCAAACAAUUACUGACUUCGGAAUAUUAAAGAAACAAUAAAAAAAAAACAUUAAUAUUUGUUUUUAAAUAUUUGUCUAUGCUAAAGUAAUGUUAAAUCAGAUUCUCUAUAUAUAUAAUGUUAGAAUCCAAAUCCUUUUAUAAGGUUAUAUAAAAGUAAAGUUCGGUAGUCGUUCCUGUGAAAUUUUAUAUUUGACAAGAUGUUGUUACUUUUUGGUACGGAACACUUAUAAUUAAAUAAGUAAGCCUUAAAUAUGUACUACAAUUUUUAAGAUUGAUAAAUGAUUCAAAACGAGUAGUUUGUAUAGAUCAUAUUUUUGAAAUGGUAGUAAGUAUAAUUAAAUAAUAAAAUCGAAGAAACAAUUGUAAUUUUAUGGAAAACUUUUGAAUGUAAUCCGUAGGUGUAGCCAAAAUUACUUGUGUUAUUUUUAUAAUAAUGAAAUUAGAUUCGAGUUGAAUGUUGAACAAAAAACGAACAAGUCUUACCUAUAUAAAAUUAUUUGUAUUUGCUUAUGCUAAGCCUUUGAUAUGUUAAAAUUGUUUACAACCAUAUUAUAAACAAAUAUAAUUAUUAUUCUGAAGUCGAAUUGGUUCAUAAUUUCUAUUAAAGAAUACAUUUUAGAUUUUUUUGUUUGUAACUGAUAUUUUAUUCAUAAUGUUCGUUGUUGAUUGCUACCUCAUGUGUUACAGCUGACAGGAUAUAAAUUUUUCAUGUAAUUUAAACUUAGCACAAAUAGUUCAUAAAGUAAUAGUAAAUAGUUUUUCUUGUCGAACUCACAGCAAGUCUUAAAUAAAUAUACAACCUAAAUCAAAGAUCAAUAACGUUAAAUCUCGGGCAUUAAGUAAAAGAAUAUUGUUAAUGUAUAAUAAUUAUAACAAUCUAAUAAUUUGUUUUUAUGGUUGAGGCAUAAUGUUAAGAAUUCCCAUUUCCAACAUAAAUAUAUAAUUAAUUAUAAUUCAAGGAGACCUGCAUCCAUUCAAAUAUUUUUUUAGCGAACAUAAAUGAAAUAUUAGUGUAUCAGGUUACAUAUUUUCUAAUACUUAGUAGUCUUUUGAAGAAUGUUGCAGUCAUAAAUUUCAAUUAUUCGUGGCCAUAAAGUUAUUGGGAUUUUCCUAUACUAAGACAAACAGAUGAUGAUUUAUCAGAUGAUGAGAUUUUAUAGCUUUCUAAAAUUAAAUAUUCUUUUUUAUUCUUAGAAAAUUUUGUGUGGGGUCCUUCUUUAAAUAUUUAAGUCAGCAAGUUGUAAUUGCUUUAGUGAAUAGAUAACAUCAUUAUUGUAAUGGUAAUUAUGAUUUCGAAUUAAUUAAAAAUUAAAUUGAGGAUUAUUAUGAUCUUUGUUAUGCAAAUUUUUGUAUUAGAAGUAAAGAACUAGUUUAGUAUUAUAAAGUUAAAUUUAGAAAACGUUCAAACUUAUAUGGAUAUAUGAAUAUACCUACUUACAAAAUACACAUCAGGAUAUAUACACUGGCCUCCAAAAAAAUCGACCCACCUACAUUUUUUGUAAAAAAGCUAUCGUAUGGUUUUAAACUACCACAUAUUUAUAUUUUUAAGAUUGAUAAUGUAAAAAUGCAAUUGUAGGAUUGUACAAAAACAGAAAUAGUGCGCAAAAAAUAGGUUUUUAGGAAAAUAUGUGACAAAACACGAAAACACAAAAUUUUACGCAAUUUUAUUUUUUUGUGUACAAAACGAUUAUGCCGUUUGUUUUUAAAUUUGGGUGCCUAAAUCUUACUUUAAUAGGGAGUGUUUCCUCCUCUUGACCUAAUCACUGCCUGCAUACGCCUAUUAAGUGACCUGAUUAGCUUUUUAAUGUCUUCCUGUGGGGUCCGUUGCCAUUCUUCAGUUAGGGCAGCUUCCAGUUGAUUCAGGGUUUCUGGAAUUGGAUUUCGUGCUCGAACCGUACGUUUUAGCUGGUCCCAGAGGUGCUCUAUCGGGUUUAAGUCCGGACUAUUGGCUGGCCACUGCAUAACUGGAAUUUCGACUUCCCUGAGAUAGUCUUUAACAAUUCUAGCGACGUGAGGUCGUGCGUUGUCGUGCAUAAGUUGGAAAUUAUCCCCAAUAUAUCCAGCGUAAGGCAUCACAUGAGGCUCCAGAAUGUCCGUUAUGUAAGUUUCAGCAUUAACAGCACGAUUACGGAAAAAACCAGCUCUGUGCGUCCCGUCAAAGAAAUACCUCCCCAAAACAUUGUAGAGCCUCCACCAAAUCGGACUGUUUCUCGAAUGCAACACUGAGAGAAGCGUUCUCCUGGCCUUCGCAUGACGUUACGUCGUCCAUCAGAGCCUACUAGAGACAUUCGGCUUUCAUCACUGAACAAUACUGUCUCCCAUUGGUCCAGUGUCCAAUCGACGUGCUGCCUAGCAAAUUGUAGUCUUGCUUGUCGAUGGGAUGCUGUGAGUUUUGGUCCUGUUGCUGGCUUGUGAGGGGUUAAGUUUUGCUCUCGAAGUCUUCUUCUUACAGUAUUUUCACUCACAGACACUCCACGACUUUCUCGGAGUCUACCUUGAACGUCAACAGCCGAAAGAUGUCGGUUUCUUAAAGACGUCAAACCAAUAAAACGGUCAUCGGUCGGGUUCGUGACACGCCCCCUGCCAGAUCCUGGUCUCCGGCGAUACUCCCCAGUCUCCAAGUAGCGUUUGUACGCUCUUCGCACCCCUGAACGACUUAAUUUUAGUGUUCUAGCCACAUUUCGCUGACUUAACCCCUCAUGAAUAAGAGCUAUGACUUGAGCAGCUGCUGCUUCAGUAGUAUCGAUUUUUUAUGUUUAAACUUAUUAAAAUUAUUGUUUCAACAAAGUUUCAUACACUUAAUCAAUAAUAAACAUCGAACCGAGAUGACUCCGCGUUAAGAACUGGAAAUAAACUAACCAUGCACUUUGUGCACAAAGUAACGUUUUCUUAUCAAUACUUUAAAAAUAUUCCAAAUAUCCUCAAUAACACUUACAACUCCUCCAAAUCAAUAUCAAGUGGGUAAUAAAAUGUUAAAUGUAUGUCCCAUAAGUAAAACAAUCCACCUAGGUCGUCGCAUAGUUAAGAUAACAACUUUGUAAGUAAAAAAAUACGGGUGGGUCGAUUUUUUUGGCGGCCAGUGUAUAUAUGUAUUUAGUGUAAAAAUUUGACAAUUAUAAUACAAUAGAGAUCUACUUUUCAAAAUUUAUAAGAUUAGUAAAUUAUGUAGUUUAGCCAUCUUAAUGCUUUAAGAGGUGUGAAAUGAAAGAAUACAAUAAAUAGAUAAUUUAGGUGUUAACAAAUUUAAUUUAUGUAUGUUUGGAAAUCACAAAAAUAAAUAGAAUUUAAUAGAUACAUUACUGGUAGAAGCAUCAUGAAGUAUGGAUAACAUAACAAGUACCUUUUCUGGUAAUAUUGGGAGUGAUAGGAUAUACAUAAGGAAGUUUUCUGCUGUAGAACAAAAAGUAGUGCUAAAUUUAAUAAUAAUGUAUCUGUAAAAUUUCAAUUGAAAAAAUAUACAGUAUAAAAGAA